CCCGACGGUGGCCUUGGAGCUUGCGGAGCUCCCAGCCAGAACACUGACCUCGUCGUCGCCCUGAGCGCCGACCAAUACGAUGGAGGUGCUAACUGCUGGCGCCACAUUGGAGUCCACUACCAGGGCCACUUUGUCGAUGCGACCGUAGUGGACCUUUGCCCGGGCUGCGCGUCGGGGAGUAUCGAUCUCUCUCCCGCAGCGUUCGAACAGCUCGCUCCCCUCAGCGCCGGUCGCAUUCAGGUGUCCUGGGAUUACGAGUAG